AUGCCAACAGAUACUUGUUGGAUUCUUCAAAGUAUUGCAUUUCUCAAGGAACCAACACAGUUUAAGCAAUCCUUUAAAAUAUCUGAUUACUCUACUCUUCAGUGUGAUACUUCUUUCCCAAAAACAAAGUCUUGGAAUGAGAGUAGGGAUUGCUGCAGUUGGGAUGGAGUCACUUGUGACUUAUUAAACGGUCAUGUUAUCGGGUUAGACCUUAGCUGUAGUCAGCUUCGUGGAAGUAUUCAUCCCAAUAGCAGCCUCUUCCAACUUCAUCAUCUCCAAACACUAAACCUUGCUUACAAUAACUUUUCAACUUCUUCAAUCUCACAUAACAUUGGCCGAUUGAGGAAUUUGAGGCAUCUCAACCUUUCUAAUUCUUUCUUUAGUGGGAAAAUCCCAACAGAAAUCUCAUUCCUUUCCAAUUUGGUUUCACUUGAUCUUUCUUAUAGUUAUGGAUUACAACUUGAUGAGAGAACAUUUGAAACAAUGCUUCACAACUUUACAAAUCUGGAGGUACUAGCUCUCUUUCUUGGCAACAUCUCGUCACCGAUACCUGUAAGUAUUCAUCCCAAUAGCAGCCUCUUCCAGCUUCAUCAUCUCCACACACUAAACCUUGUUAACAAUUUCUUUUAUCCUUCUUCAAUCCCAAAUGGCAUUGGCCGAUUGAGGAAUUUGAGGCAUCUAAAACUCUAUGAAUUUCAAGGGAAAAUCCCAACAGAAAUCUCACACCUUUCCAAUUUGGUUUCACUUGAUCUUUCUUAUAGUUAUGAAAAAUUACAACUUGAUGAGAGAACAUUUGAAGCAAUGUUUCAGAACUUGACAAAUCUGGAGCUACUUUCUCUCUAUGGUGUCAACAUCUCAUCUCCGAUACCUGUUAAUAUUUCUUCAUCCUUAAGGUACCUGGAUCUUGGAUAUACUAAUCUGCGAGGUGUUCUCACAGAGAGCUUUUUCCUUGUGCCAAACUUGGAAAUACUCAAAUUGAGUGGGAAUGAUCUUGUCAAAGGAGUUUUUCCAAAGAUCCACUGGAGCAACACUCUGUUAAUGGAGUUGGAUAUUUCAUCCACAGGCAUCUCUGGUGAGGUGCCUGAUUCAAUUGGCACCUUCAGUUCCUUGAAUAUCUUGAACCUUGCAGGAUGCCAAUUCUCUGGUUCCAUUCCUGAUUCCAUUAGCAACCAAACACAAAUUAGGGAGUUGAUUUUAUAUCAUAAUCAUUUCACUGGCCAUAUUCCUUCCACAAUCUCUAAAUUGAAGCACCUCACACGUUUGGAUCUUUCAAUUAACUCCUUUUCAGGUGAAAUUCCUGAUGUUUUCUCAAACCUCCAAGAGCUACGUACUUUACAUCUUUCUUAUAACAGCUUCAUCGGUUCGUUUCCCGCUUCAAUUUUAAGUUUGACACAUCUUGAAUACUUAGGAUUGUCGAGUAAUUCCCUAUCUGGCCCACUGCCUAGCAACCAAAGCAUGCUUCAAAAGCUAACCGAACUGAAUUUGUCAUACAACUCACUGAAUGGUACCAUACCAUCUUGGGUGUUUAGCCUACCUUUGCUAUCUUCAGUGUCGCUCCAACAUAACCGAUUCAGAGGACUAGCCGAUGAAGUGAUCAAAACAAACCCAACAUUAAAACAACUGCAAUUAAGCAAUAAUCAACUCAGUGGUUCUUUUCCUCAAUCACUUGUGAAUCUCACAAACCUUGAAACCCUUGGAAUUUCAUCAAAUAACAUCACCAUUGAUGGGGGAAUGAAUAUCACCUUUCAUAGACUAUCAUCUUUAUUCUUAUCAUCUUGUGAACUGAAGGAUUUUCCACACUUCUUGAGAAAUGUAAAGACACUUGUGUACUUGGAUAUUUCUAACAAUAAGAUUUGUGGUCAAAUCCCUAACUGGUUUAGUGGCAUGAGGUGGGACUCGUUGCAGUUCCUAAACCUUUCUCAAAAUUCAUUAACAGGCCACCUACCACAAUUUCGUUACGAUAACCUACAGUAUCUUGAUCUGAAAUUUAACUACCUUCAGGGUCCACUAGCUUUAUCCAUUUGUAACAUGAGGAAACUUAUCUUAUUAGAUUUAUCACACAACUACUUCAGUGACUCAGUUCCACAUUGCUUGGGAAGCAUGCCUAAUCUAACGGCAAUGAUCAAAUUAGAUGACGAAGACACAAGAGAGAUCAAGUACAUGAAAUCUACGUUGAAUGCGUUAGUUGUCAGAUCGUAUGAGGAUUCGGUGAGUUUGGUGAUCAAAGGGCAGGAUAUUGAGCUAGAAAGAAUCAGCACAAUUAUGACAACCAUAGAUCUCUCCUGGAAUCGGCUCAUUGGAAAGAUUCCGCAGGAAUUGACAAGAAUGAACUUUCUGGCUUUCUUAAACCUCUCUCAAAACCAUCUUGUCGGACCAAUUCCUCACGGUCUACAAUUCAACACAUUUGAAAAUGACUCGUAUGGUGGCAACCUUGAUCUAUGUGGUCUUCCUUUGACAAAGAAAUGUGGAACGAGUGAUUCAUCGCAUGUUCCUCAACAAUUGGAGUCCGAAGAAGAAGAAGGCGAGUCAUAUUUUUUAGUGGAUUUACAUGGGAAUCAGUAG